AUGAGCGAAAACGAGAAGGCAGAUGUCUCACAAGCAUCGAAAGAAGCUGCCCAGCCGUCUUUUCACGACCCUGAUGCGCACCUCAGCGAGGAUGAAAGGCUGGAGAUCGUAAGAAGGACGCUUGUACAGCAGCAUAUUUGCAUCAGUACAGCCCUAACAGACAACCGACAGGAACGCAAAUUGAUCAGACGACUCGACUGGACUCUCAUCCCAUGGCUUUGUGUCCUGUACCUGCUGGCCUUCCUUGACAGGACAAACAUCGGCAAUGCCAAGAUUGCAGGACUCAACGACGACCUCGGGUUAAGUAGCUCGCAAUACAACUCGGCACUCACAAUAUUCUUCGUGUCGUACGCCGUGUUCGAGCCCCUGACAAACAUCUUGCUAAAGAAGCUGCGCCCUUCUAUUUUCAUUCCCAUCAUCAUGAUCUUCUGGGGCGCAUCCAUGACCGGAAUGGGUUUCGUGUACAACUGGAGCGGGUUGAUGGCGGCUCGAUGGUUUCUGGGCCUCACCGAGGCAGGCCUCUUCCCAGGCGUCAACUACUAUCUAUCCUGCUGGUACAAGCGAUCUGAAUUUGGUAUCCGGGCAGUAGGUUACACCUCAUUGACGCGUCGAUUCUCUUGUGGCUCACAUUUCCAGGCCAUCUUCUUCUCGGCGGCAGCCAUCUCGGGCUCAUUCGGCGGCGCCCUGGCCGCGGCCAUCGAGCAAAUGGCCGGAGUCGGUGGCCGCCCUGGUUGGGCUUGGAUUUUCAUCCUCGAAGGACUCCUGACGGUGCUGUUCGGCGUUGCGUCCUUCUGGAUGGUCCAUGACUUCCCCGACGAGGCCAAGUUCCUGUCCAAAGACGACCGCGCCCGCAUCAUUCGCCGCCUCAAGAUGGACCAGCAGGCAUCGGCCGACCAUGAGGAGUUCAAAAUGACCUUCUUCUGGCAGGCCGUCAAGGACUGGAAGAUGUGGCUGGGCAUGGCCAUCUACAUGGGCUGCGACAUGCCGCUGUACGCCUUCAGCUUGUUCCUGCCCACCAUCGUCAACGAGCUCGGAUGGAACACGAGCGUCGUGCGGUCGCAGCUGAUGACGGUGCCGCCGUACGCCGUGGCCGCCGUCUUCACCGUCUUCAUCGGCUGGGUGGCGGAUAAGACUCAGCAGCGCGGUCUGUGCAACAUCUCGGUCAGCCUAAUUGGCAUCGUGGGCUUCAGCAUGCUCAUCGCCACCGAGAACCCCCAGGUCAAGUACGCCGGCACGUUCCUGGGCGCCCUCGGCAUCUACCCGUGCAUCAGCAACACCAUCACUUGGGUCGCGAACAACGUCGAGGGGGUCUACAAACGCGGCGUGGUCCUGGGGUUCGUCAUCGGGUGGGGCAACCUCAACGGCAUCGUCAGCUCCAACAUCUACAUCCGCGAGCCCCGCUUCUCCGAGGGCCACGGCGUCGUGCUGGCCUACAUGUCCAUCUUCCUGUGCCUGGGCAGCGUGCUCAUGACCCUGCUGCUGAGGGUCGAGAACCAGAAGCGGAGGCAGGGAAAGAGGGACCACUGGGCGGACAACAGGUCCGAAAAGGAAAUCGAGGCGAUGGGGGACAGGCGACCCGACUUCUUGUACACGCUGUAG